AUGAAGAAAAUCUCUCAGAUGAACAGAGUCUGUUCUGAAAUGAAAAUGGUUUCCAAAGAUGAGACAUCCAAAUCAGAAUCAGAUGAUGAAGAGCUUCACAGAAGUAUAGGAAGAAGCAAUGCUUUCAUUGCCUAUGAAUCAUCAGACAAUUCACUCGAAUCAGACACUGAUGAAGAUACUUCAAGCGAUGAUGAACAAAUUGCAUCUUGUCUCAUGGAAAAAUCCCCAAAGGAUCAGGUAUCAACAAAACAUCAAAAAUCCAUGAAUGGAUAUUCUCCUGAAUACAAACUUGUUAAGAUUGCAAAAUCUCAACAAGAUGAGCUUGAAAUGCUUGAGAGAAAUCUCAGGGAAACUGAAGGAUUACUGGUCAAAGAGAUGGAGAAGAAUCAAAAGUUGAUCGAAAGGCAUGACGCUUUUUCUUCAACUAUUGAUGAUCUUACCAAUCGAUAUGAUUCCCUUUCAAUCGACUAUGAGAGUUUAUCAGAUGAACUCCUUAAUAGGAAUCAAGAACUUGAGUCACUAAAAGAGUCUCACAAUGAGCUGGUGAAAGAAAAAGCUUCUCUCUUCACCGAGCAAUCUGUUCAACUUCCUUAUGAUUUUGUUCCUCCUUACUUAAAAUGCCUAGAACAUAGUAAUGCUGAUUCACAUCCUGAAACUUCUAAUGCUAUCAUCGAGAAUAUUGCAGCAAUUACAAAUGGUAACACUAACCCCUCCUCCAAGGAAUUUGCUAUUAUUACUGAUGAAAAUUGCAGGAUCCCGCCGAAAGAAUGUUCCUGCUCAGAUGAAGAAAAUGAGAUCCUUGUUGCCCACACAAAAAGUUUGGAAGAGCAGUCUGGUUCUGAAGAAGAAAUGCCUCAAUUGCCUCCCUUGUUUGAGCAUAAGAGGUUGACUGCUGGAGGAAAAGCAUCUAAGCCACCAAAGAUACCGAAGAAGAAGUCUGAGUCAGAAUCUGAAGAAGAGGAGGAUGAUAUUCCCUCGGCUCACAGUCAGCCCGAGGAUGAACUGGUCACUGAUGCAAUGACUCUAUUCUCUGAUGGAAAUCCCAAGAAGGGUGGUCGUGGCAGAGAGAAGAACAUCACUGCCGAGAUGUCUGAUCCCGAAAGCUAUAAAACUCCAGCUGGAGUUGAAACCACGACUGAAAGAAAUAAUAGGCUGCAAAGGAUUCGCCAUCACUGGGCAAAGAAAUGA